AUGGGCCCUCGAUCCUUCUUGAUGGCCAAACCGCUGGUGGGCCCUGGCGUGUGCGUCCUGACUGAGCUUUCCGCCCAAGCAUUGACCCAAGACUCCCUGACUCUCCACUGCCGCUUGCUCAAAACCACGCUGAGCCGCACCUGUCCAUACCCACGUCCUGACGCAUAUCGGCCUUUCUGUCUCACCACGCACUCGUCACAGCCCACAACUGCCACCCAGUCUCCGCCCGCCGACCCACCCAACGCCUCUAUAUACCCGCCCAUCGCCCUCGCCCUCGCCAGCACUGCCGCUGAAGACGCUCGAUGCUGCCCUCGGAUUCAUAGCCUUGUCCUCCACCACCCCCACUCCCACUAG